CUCUCCGUUUGUUCAAGCUUUCAUUGCUCAAGACAAGCUAGCUUUCAGAACAGUGCUGGGGUACACCGUAUACGUUUGUCGAAGUUAUGGAGAGUCCAGAAGUUUCAGAUGAAGGUUCAUGUUCUCCAGCUUCAACUAGGAAAACAAGGUCAACAGUUAGAAGUCGAAUUUGGGAAAGCUUGUUGGCAAUUACAAUUCCGAUUUGGAGUUGCACAGGAUCAGCAGCAUCUGGAAUAUGGGAAACAGGUUCAACAGUCGCAUGCAUGAUUGCGAGAGCAUGUUACGCAGUUGCAUAUUUAAUUUGGAAAGCAGGCACCUUCGUCGCAGUAAAAUGGGAACGGGCAUUUGUGCUAUCAUGUAUUGCAGUCUCAUUGGAUCCUUUAUUCCUUUACAUUCCAAUCGUCGAUGAGACUAACAAGUGCCUUAACAUGGACAAGACGUUGAGAACUACAGCUCUCGUCCUUCGUACACUCACGGAUUUCCUUUUAUUAACCCAUAUCGUAGCUGAAAUUUGUCAAUGUAUCCAGGACCAGAAGGACAAAGAAUAUUAUUUGUCAACCGACAAGUACUUGUCGACCGACUACCCCAAGUAUUUGUCCGAAGACUCGAAUCCCCAUUCCGAAUACGACAAGGAGUUUGAUCGCGACCCGGAGGCUUUAUGCAUAUAUCCAGUGAAGUCAUUCGUUGAUACUAACCUGCCGUGGUUAACUCCCUCUGUCAUCAUCAAAUUACUUGCUAUUAUUCCCGUUCCACAGGUGGCAAUAUUAAGGGGCUUUUUCAGAAUGACAGGCUCUGAUUUCUAUGUUAUAAGAAAAUUUCUCAACAUUGCACUCGUCCUCCAAUAUUUGCCAAGAGUCUGUCAAAUCUACUUAACCAAGAGGCAAUUUAGAAUGGGAGGAAAAUGGCCUCAACCUUUGUUCAAUUUGUAUCUAUACAUCCUUGCCGGUCAUGUACUUGGCUCUUUGUGGUAUUUUGUCGCUAUUGAACGAGAGACAUCAUGUUGGCAUAAAGCUUGUAAAAAGAUUGCAGGAUGUGUAAUUACUAGUACAUAUAAUUGCGGUGAUAGUGGCAGCACAAGAAACAUAACACUCCUAAAUCAGUUAUGCCCUAUCAAUUCUCCGAAUUCUACGCUAUUUGAUUUUGGAAUUUUUGUUGACGUCCUACAAUCUGGCAACACAGAAUCAGACAAGUUUGCAACGAAACUCUUUUACUCUUUAUGGUGGGGCCUAAAAAAUCUAAGUAAUUUUGGCACGAAUCUCGAAACAAGCAAUUACCUAUGGGAGAAUUGUUUUGCAAUUCUUAUUUGUGUUAUUGGGUUGCUACUAUUUCUAUAUCUUAUUGGAAAUGUGCAGUUAUAUAUUCAAUCGGCAACCCAAAACUCGUUGAAAAAAGAGAAAUCAAGGACAGCAAAGAUUAAUGAUACAUACACUGAUAUUACAAAGUGGAUGAAAGAAAGAUUUCAGGAUGUUGAUGGUACGGGGAUAAAAAUCAAGCAGAGAGCGAGGAUAAAAAUCAAGAGAGACAUAAGAGAAGACAAGGUUGUGGAAAAGAACUUAAUCCAUGAUGUGGACGUAAAAUAUUUUCUAAAACCUUCUCGUAUCAGAAACUCUGUUUUGGAGCAUGUGGGAGUGGAUGCGUUAAAAAAGGUACCAAUGCUUCAAGCUCUGGGUGACACCAAGUUGAUAAGCUUGAGCCAAAAAAUGAAGCCAGUGGUUCGCAUCUCCAAUACGGCCACUAGUCACUUUGUUAAACCGGACGACCCGCUAGAUCAGAUGCUCUUCAUUAUAGGAGGCCAUAUUCAAGUCAACAGUAUAGGGCAGGUCGCGAUGAGUUUCUAUGGAACAGAAAUUCUAGAGUGGGUGUCAUUUAACACGGGGAGAUCUUAUUGUGACCCUCUUCCUUGCUCGACCGAACUUGUCGAACCAUAUAGAGGAAAAUUAGAAGCGCUUGCUCUCAACGCUUGGGAAUUGUUACAUUUUCUGGAGGACGAUCAAUUUGACAUUAAUAAUCAUCCGGAAGCGAAGAAGUUGGCAGAUUCGUAUCAAAAAAAGAAUUUAACAGAUGCAUGCGACAAAAAUAAUUAUCAUGAAGAGGAUUCGCUUAUUACGGCUCCGGCUGACACAUGGAUAUUUCCACCGUUUGGCUGGGUGAAACUCAAUUGCUGUUAUGUCCAGCUUCCUAAUACUAACGAGGCAUUUUUUGGUUUUGUUUUGAGGAAUGAUAAAAAAGAUUUCAUUGCGGCAGGAGGUGGCACUUAUAAGUUUAUUGAUAGCUUUGAAGCUGGAGCUCUUAGUAUACAGCGCUGUUUGAGGUCCUCUAUGAAGUAUUUGAAAACAAGUCAGAUAGUUGUGGAGUCUGAUGACAAGCUUCUCAUCGAUUUCCUCAAAGAUUGGCCUUCACACUCAGAUGACAAACGAGUUCGAGAUAUCCUUCGACCCACCCUUCAAAAUAUUGCCAAUGAUAUUCAAAAGUUCAAAUUUCACAAAUUUGAGCAUUGUAAGCGCCAGGCUAAUGAAGCGGCGCUUCGCGUAGCAGAAUAUGCUCCUGUUUCUGGUUCUAAAGAGUGGGAAAAAGCUGAAGAUAUACCAGGACUAGUUGAUGCCUUGAAGAAAGAUAGUCCGCGUCCGGAGCAAAACCAAGAUUUGCCUCAAGAGGUCAACGACAGUGGCGCGUCUACUUCAGCUGGUGCUGCUCAUAGGUUGGAGGAAAUCAUUCAGGACAAGUCACAGGAGGCAUGAAUUUACUUAUUGUUUCCUUUCCUUUCCUACGUUUUCUAUUUGUAACUAUUUGGCAAAGUUUCCUUAAAACCUUGUUUGAGAGUGUGAAAUGAUAUAAAUGUUCUUCAAUUAUUGGUAUAAUUUAAGAUUUUUUUUUUUUUUGUAAAGGG